AUGUUGAGUUUGUUUGAUUUCGGUAUCUUGGUGGCGGCACUGCUUGCCGGUUUGUACUACUAUCUCGAUCGGAAGCGGUCCUACUGGAAGGACCGUGGCGUACCUGGUCCAAAAAGUGAGCUUUUGCUAGGGAAUUUCGGUACGGUCGGUACCAAGGAACACAUUACGGUGCCGAUGAAAAAAAUCUACGAUGAGCACAAGGGACAGCAUCCGUUUGCUGGCAUCUACCAGUUUGUGAAGCCGGUAGCAUUGAUCACUGAUCUGGAGCUGCUAAAGUGUGUGUUUGUGAAGGAUUUCCAGUACUUCCACGAUCGGGGUACGUUCUACAAUGAGCGUGAUGAUCCACUGUCGGCCCAUCUGUUCAAUCUGGAGGGACAGAAGUGGCGCACGCUGCGUAACAAACUUUCGCCAACGUUCACGUCCGGCAAGAUGAAGAUGAUGUUCCCAACGAUCGUAACAGCAGCGAAGGAGUUUAAAGACUUUAUGGAAGAAACGGUGAAGCGUGAAAAUGUGUUUGAGUUGAAGGAUUUGUUGGCCCGCUUCACGACGGAUGUGAUCGGAAUGUGUGCGUUCGGUAUCGAGUGUAACAGUAUGCGCAAUCCGGAUGCAGAGUUCCGAGCGAUGGGCCGAAAGAUUUUUGAGAUUUCGCCCGGCACGUUCAAGACGAUGCUGAUGAAUGGAAUGCCCUCGCUGGCGAAGAUGCUGCGCAUGAAGCAAACGGAUCAGGACGUGUCGGACUUCUUCAUGAACGCCGUCCGGGAUACGAUCAACUACCGCGUGACGAACAAGGUGAAGCGAAACGAUUUCGUGGACCUGCUGAUCACGAUGAUGAGCAAGGAUGAGAACAAUUCUGACGAUGAGUCGCUGACGUUCAACGAAAUUGCUGCUCAGGCGUUUGUGUUUUUCUUGGCCGGAUUUGAAACAUCGUCCACGCUGCUCACUUGGACGCUUUACGAGCUGGCACUGAACAAAGACAUCCAGGAGAAGGGUCGCCAGUGUGUGCGGGAAGUGUUGAAGAAGCACAAUGGAGAAAUGUCUUACGAAGCUGUGAUCGACAUGAAGUAUCUCGAUCAGAUCCUUAAUGAAUCACUACGCAAAUACCCGCCCGUUCCAGUUCAUUUCCGCAUUGCAUCGAAAGACUACCAGGUACCCGGUACCAAAUCGGUUCUUGAAGCUGGUACAGCAGUUAUGGUUCCAGUGCAUGCCAUCCAUCAUGAUCCGGCAGUGUUUCCCGACCCGGAACGUUACGAUCCGGAGCGUUUCAGCCCGGAAGAGGAAGCGAAGCGUCAUCCAUACGCUUGGACACCGUUUGGCGAAGGUCCAAGGAUAUGCGUUGGCCUGCGUUUCGGCAUGAUGCAGGCACGGAUUGGGCUGGCGUACCUGUUGGAUGGUUUCCGAUUUGCACCGAGCCCGAAAACGAUCGUACCGAUGGAACUAUCUACGGAAAGUUUUAUUAUGGCACCGAAGGGAGGGCUGUGGCUGAAGGUGGAUAAGAUUUGAGUUGUUCUAGUCAAUGUAGUUUU